AUGGUUGGCCCAACUAUUCAAGAUGACCUCCGUAGAAUUUUAAUGAGAUUCCGAAUACACCAGGUAGUUCUUACAGCUGAUAUUGAAAAAAUGUACAGGCAAAUCAAUGUUAGUGAAAACUGUCAGUCAUACCAACAAAUUCUUUGGCGGGAAAACCCAAACGAUCCGUUGGAAUCAUAUCGAUUAAAUACGGUUACUUAUGGAACAUCAUCCGCACCUUUUAUGGCUAUCAGAACAUUAUAUCUCUUAGCAGACUGUGAAAAGAAUGACCUUGCUAGUGCAGCACGUAUUACCAAGCGUGACUUCUAUGUAGAUGAUCUUCUGACCGGCGCCACAGACCUGGUGGAAGCAGCCAAACUUCAAGAUGACAUGCUACAAUUGUGCGAAAGGGGAGGAUUCUCUCUUCGAAAAUGGUGUUCCAAUCGUGAAGAGUUGUUAAACAGAAUCCCCGACGAUCUGCGCGCCACUAAUUCUGAUCUUAGUUUUCAAGAUGACCAUUCAACUAAAACCCUUGGAAUACGAUGGAAACCUAAAGCGGACCAGCUGCAUUACAAGGUCCAAGUAAUGACACCAUUAACACGGAUGACAAAGCGAACUAUAGUUUCUGAAAUAUCCCGUUUAUUUGAUCCACUCGGGCUCGUUGGACCAGUAAUUGUAAAGGCGAAAAUAUUUAUUCAACAACUGUGGAAAUUAAAGCUAUCGUGGGAUGAAUCCCUUCCGAGUGAAUACCAUACAGCCUGGGAACGAUAUAGACAGGAACUCUUGGAUAUCACUAAAGUAAGCAUAUCAAGAAGGGUUAUACGGAGUAGUGACAUUCAGCUACAUGAACUUCAUAUAUUUUGCGAUGCGUCACAAGUCUCUUAUGGAGCAUGUGCAUACAUUCGCACAGUUAGCCAUUCGGGUGAAAUCCACUCGCAGUUAUUAACUGCUAAAUCUCGGGUCUGCCCUUUAAAGACAGUGACAAUGCCUCGUCUAGAAUUAUGUGCAGCACUGUUGGGUAGCAAGUUGAUGAUGGUGGUGGUCCAAUCGUUAAACGAUAUUCUUAAAAUUGAUCGGAUUCGAAUGUGGUCAGACUCAUCUAUUGUAUUAAGCUGGAUUCGAAAUGAAGGUGCUACAGACAUUUGGAAAAUAUUCGUAGCAAAUCGUAUUGAAGAAAUCCGGGAACUAACAAACAAACAAGAUUGGUGGCAUAUUGACGGGACGGAUAAUCCGGCGGAUUUCAUUUCCCGUGGCUUAAGCGUCGCAGAAAUCAUUAACUGUACUCAGUGGUGGAGUGGACCCUCAUGGAUGAUACAACCAGAAACCGAAUGGCCAAAACAAAAGUUAUUGAAUAACGAAGAGGAACCGGUAGAACAGCGUAAGACGGUUAAGGUAUUACACGUCCACACCGAAAGUCAAAUGGAGUUUCAAGAUAUCGUUAAUAGAUUCUCGAAACUAGAACGGUUGCAACGGGUAACAGCUUAUCUAUUUCGAGCAGUUACUCAAAGGAAAUACCGCCUGACUGGAGAUUUGAAAGCUGAAGAAUUAAAACGAGGGUUGAUGUACUGGGUAAAAAUCACUCAAGCUCAAGCGUUUUCAUCGGAAAUUUCCCAGUUAAAGGCUGGAAACAGUUUGAAUGACAGCAAAUUACAAUCGUUAGUUCCAUUCAUCGACGACAAUGAUGUAUUAAGGGUUGGAGGCCGGCUACAAAACUCAAACGAGUCAUAUGAAGCACGUCAUCCCAUUAUUCUGCCUUCGACAACAUAUUUGGUCGAAUUAAUUGCGGACAAGGAACAUCGACGAUUAAUUCAUGCCGGACCACAGCAAAUAGUAGCUAGUUUGCAAAGAGUGUUCUGGAUUCCGGGCUUACGCAGUGUUAUUCAAAAGAUAAUUUUUAAAUGUAACCCAUGCUAUAGAUGGAAAGUACAAGCUUCCAAACAGCUAAUGGGCUCCCUUCCGGUUAGUCGAGCUAAUCCAUCAUCAAUAUUUCAUGUAUGUGGAGUCGAUUAUGCUGGGCCUUUUCAAGUGCGUUUCGGUUCACGUAGAUCAAAACAUAUAUACAAAUCAUAUGUCGCCUUAUUUGUAUGCUUUACAACAAAAGCCAUACAUUUAGAAUGGGUAGAUGAUUUAACUACUGAAUCAUUUCUCGCUGCGUUACGGAUAUUCAUCGCUAGACGUGGGUGUCCAUUACAAAUACAUUCUGAUAAUGGUCGAAAUUUCGUUGGAGCAGCGGCACAACUUAAGAACUUUCUCGGAUCCAGGGAAUUCAAACAAAAUAUUAACGCAUACACAACUCAAGCUGGAAUUGAGUGGUCAUUCAUUCCGCCACACUCCCCACAUAUGGGUGGACUAUGGGAAGCAGGAGUAAAAUCAAUGAAGUAUCAUUUACGAAGAAGUUUAGGAGAGUCGAUAUUAAAUCACCAGGAGGCCAAAACUUUGCUAGCACAAAUCGAAGCAGUAUUAAACUCAAGGCCUCUAACUCCCGUAUCAACACACCCUAGUGACAUGGAAGCACUAACCCCGGGUCACUUUAUUAUAGGAAAACCUUUAACCGCAUUGCCGGAGCCCAAUUACCUCGAUAUAAAAGCUCCACGCCUUCGUUGGCACAUGGUACAACAACUGGUUCAAGGAUUUUGGAAAAGAUGGCGGACGGAGUACCUUCAGUCAUUACAAGUACGCCACAAAUGGACUCAAACUGAAGAGAAUCUCCAAGUUGGUGAUUUAGUGCUGAUUCGAGAAGACUAUGAAACACCACUCGCAUGGAGUCGUGGUAGAAUACUUCUUCUACACACGGGAAGUGAUGGUCUCGUGCGUGUCGCUACAGUAAAAACAGCAACCACAGAAAUGAAACGACCAAUCCACAAACUUUGCCUAUUACCCGGUCAACGAGAAGUUCAAUUAAACCCGUGA